AUGGUGGGCCUCCGCCCCCUGUUCGGGACACGCGCCAGCGUUGAAAACGUUCAUGACAGCUUUGGAAAGACGGUCGAGCUGGUCAAGUCGAGCGAGAGCGACCGUGCUCCUCCUCCUCAAGACAAUCAAAAACAGUCCUCAGCUACCCCUCCUUCAUUCGAGACACCAAUCCCACACAAUAACGCAAACAAGGCUCAGAUAGACCAACAUCAAAAGGAACAGGCAGAGCAGCAUCAUGGUGGCAACUCGCUCGCUGGGUUGCUAAACGGCGCCGCUCUCAUGUCGCCUCAAGACGAUCACUCACAGCCUGAGGACCAUCGCUACGAUCACAGUGUCGACUCGCAAGCAGCUGCUCCCGCCGCUACAUCCACCACCGACUCACAGCACGCUCGAAAGUCAUCUCAAGACUCUCCUGGAUGGAAGCAAUCCGCCAAAGAAGCCGAAUCCUCCGACCAGCACGAGUCCCAGCGUGCUAGCAGCCGCUUUGGCCAGACCCUCAAGAAGCUCGAUGCCAAGAUUCGCACCACCCUCGGUGUCAACCCUCCACCUACAGCCCAAGAGAUUCGAAGUCCUUACUCCAUCGGAACCGACGACCAUUUUGCCAGUCGCACCAGCCUAGGUGCCGUCGAAUUCCUCAAAGAUGCUAGUAUUGAGACCAUGCAGCAUCUUACAGAUGAUGAAGAUGACGAUGAUGAAGAUGACGAUGAUGACUUGGACGCAGCUGAUUCAGAUCACGAGCACGAACACGAUGACGACGAUGACAAGACAGUGGCCGACCAUGGCGCCCACGACCGGUCGAAGCCCGACGUUGUCAGAAUCCAAAAGGACGUCGAAGAGCUUAACCGUGUCAAGAGCGAUGCUGAAAAGCGUCGGUCUGACUCCUUAGAUCAGACUCGACCCGGCGAUAGUGUACGCACAAAGGCUCCCGUUCAGGUCUCGUUGGAGGAAAAGAUGAAGGCCAUCAUCGAUGAAUUCGGAGAAUGUCCUUCCCUCUCCAGACCCAACGAGCCCGAAAAGCUACUCGUCGACCUCACUGCUGUCCUUGUCAAGACUGUUCUCAUCAAAGGCAAUCUCUUCUUGACAAAUCGACGAAUCUGCUUCCUUGCUUACAUCCCGAAUGACCAAACCGAUGCUGAACAGUCCGACAGCUCCAAAGUCGAGGGCCACGGUGACACUCACUCUUCUGAUGUUCGCGCGCCACUGGAUCCAAACGUUCAGAAUCCAAUUCUCAAGUCGGGUCCUGCUAUCAUCCAUCGACCUGGAAAGAUGCGUCCCAAACGACGAGUCUGGAUCGAACUUCGCAAACACUCUUUCAACGCCUAUUCGGCCAGCAACAAGCUCUACAAGCCCCUCAUGUCGGCUCGUCUCAACAAUCUCUAUGCUGUUCUGCCCACAGACUGGUCCCAACCACAUAUCAUUCGAUUUGUCGAAGGUGUCCAGUAUAGCUCCAUCGAAUUCAAGACACAAGAAGCUGCUCUCGAUUGGCGCAAAGAGCUCGAGGCUGCCGCCUUCCACGCCCGCAACACUGCCGAGAAGGUGCGCAUUAGUAUCCCUCUCGAACGCGUCGUCGGGAUGGACGCCACUCCUUUCUUGCAAGUUGCUAAGGUUGUUCAUCUCGACGUCCUCGUCGGCUCCGUCAAUGAGGAAGAGUUUGCUGUCGCCGAAAAGGAACGCAAGGAACGCGAGCAGCGCCAUCAACUUGUUGAACACAGCUGGUCUUACAACAACUUCUUCGUCAACUGUCCCAAGAAUCCCAACUUCAAGUGUCACAUCACACAACUCGCAUUCGGAGUCACACACAAUCGAGCUGCUUUCAUUGACCUCCUUCGCGAAGCGCUCAAGAGUCCCAGGGCCACACACGAUCCACUUGGUUUCGAGGAGCUCCUCAGUGCUGUUCCCGCUCCGCUGCUCGACCUUGAAGGCGGACCGGACGUUGAAGACCCCCCCAGCGGCGGCAACGACUCGUCCGACGAUCAGCACAAGCGAACUCUUGCCGAAAAGUUCUGCCAUGCCUUUGGUUUGCCCUCUCUUCCCGAAGAGCUCCAGCUGGUCAAGUGCGAGCUCGUUCGUACUCUGCACACCCAUGGAACAAUGGCCAUUGGACUUCAGUACCUGCUCUUCUGGCGCAGAGCUGUCGGUAGAGGCCUCAAGAUCAAAGUCCCUCUCAACGACAUUCAAGGCGUCGAUACCUACAGAUCCAUGCUCUGGCAUCAUCACGGUCUUGUCGUUCACAUCCGUGCCCACUCGGACAUGUUCUUUGACUUUGUGUCCAAAGGCAACCGCGACAUGGUGCUUUCCACGCUCAAGCGCGUCGUUCAAGCCAAAGACGAUAACAAGAAAGAAGCAGACGGAGCUAGCUUCGUCACUACGACCACCACUCACGAUGGCAGUCAAGACAGUCAUACGACAAAGAUUGAUGGAGAUUCUUCGACUGAUUCGCAGCAGGCGUCGAAGGAGAGUGCGACGGAAGCGCUCCUGCGAAAUGCCGAGGGCGAGGUGCCUCUCUUCGAGCCCGACAUGCUUGCCUACCUCCCCAAGGUCGUCAAUCUUGACCGCAACAGCCAACGCGAUGCCCUUCGUAUCUUGCCCAUGCGUAUCUACUGUCUUACCAUCGGCUCGCGUGGUGAUGUCCAGCCUUACAUUGCGCUCUGCAAGGCGCUCAAGGAGCACGGUCACACACCUGUCAUUGUCUCGCACCCUGAAUACCGAGGUUGGGUGGAAGGGCAUGGCAUCGAAUACCGUGGCGUGGGUGGUGAUCCAGCAGCACUGAUGAAGCUCAGUGUCGAGCAUCGCAUUUUUUCACCCGCCUUCUUCCGCGAGAGUAUUGGCAAGUUCCGCGUCUGGCUUGACGAGCUCUUGCGAGAGUGCUGGGAAGAGUGUCAGGGUGCAGAUCUGCUCAUCGAGUCUCCUUCCACCAUGGCAGGUAUUCACGUCGCUGAAGGGUUGGGUAUUCCGUAUUUCCGCGCCUUUACCAUGCCCUGGACCAAGACUUCUGCUUAUCCACAAGCAUUCAGCGUGCCGUCGAUCGAGAUGGGUCCCUCGUAUAACUCUUCGUCCUAUGUGCUGUUCGAUCAGAUCAUGUGGGUGGCCACUAGCGGUCAAAUUAAUCGAUGGCGCAAGCACAUGGUCGGAAUCGGCCCCACCGACUGGUCGAAGCUUGAUGCAGACUCGGUACCAUUCAUAUACAAUUUCUCGCCAGCUGUCGUGCCUAUGCCUAAUGACUGGGGAGACCGAGUCAAGAUCUCCGGUUACUGGUUCCUCGACAAUCCCGAAUCGAACUGGUCUCCACCCAAGGAGAUGGCUGUCUUCUUGAAGCGUGCGAAGAAGGACGGAAAGAAGAUCGCCUACAUCGGCUUCGGCUCCAUUACUAUCGAAAAUGCAGAAGAGGUGUCGGCAAACAUCAUGAGGGCUGUACAUCAGGCCGACGUUCGAGCUAUUGUCGCCAAAGGCUGGAGUGGCCGAGGCGGUUCCAAGCCAAAGAAGAAAAAGAAGCAGCCCCAUCCACAGCAACAAAAACCACAACAGCAACACUCGACUUCUCAGAACGACAGCGAAGACACAGCUACCGAAGAGGAGCACGAUUCAGAAAUCGAGCUCCCCGAUGAUGUCUUUGUCGUCGACUCUGUUCCACACGACUGGCUCUUCCCUCAGAUCGAUAUUGCUAUGCACCAUGGAGGUGCUGGUACAACUGGUGCUUCGUUGCGCGCAGGUCUGGUGACGCUGAUCAAGCCUUUCUUCGGCGACCAAUUCUUCUGGGCUAAUCGAGUGCAGAAGCUUGGUGCUGGUGCGCGAGUUAAUAGUCUCGGCGUAAGCGAUUUGGCAGAUGCACUGAAGAGUGCCGCUUCGGACCGAGUUAUGGUUGAAAAAGCUCAAGGUGUUGGAGAGCUGAUCCGAUCCGAAGACGGUGUAGCUACGGCGAUCGAGUUCUUGUACAAGAACAUUCCUUUGGCUAAGAGGAGGACGCAGAGGAAGAUCGAUCGUGAAGCAUCUCAGAAUUCGCCUGCUGGAACGCCGUCAGGUUCGGUGUUCAGCAACCCGCUUUCGAGGUUUUCGUCCCAUGGAAGACAGCCAAGCGGCAGCAGCAAGGCGGAUCUCACUUCCACCACCCUCGGCGGUACCACCGGUAACGGUGGGAAAGAGAGAAAAGAUCAGCACCGAUCAGCCACCCUCCCAGCCAAAGCACCCUCUUCCACCCUUUCACCAGCAGGAGAAGAACACACGAUUCACCGCUCAGCAUCAACAAUCGUCGAAUCGCCGGAGUCUGAAAACCCCGCAUCACCAUCCACCACUUCCGCCUCUUCACUCUUCAGCUCCUCCCUCCUUCCUUCGCUCUCAUCGCUUAACAGCCUCCCCUCAUCCAUGGCCUCAACUUUGAAGGAAAUGGUCACACUUCAAUCCAACACAACGGAUACUACAGCUGAUGGAGAAGAAGCUGCUCACCAUACCCUAGGUGAGAGGUCGGCGACUACACCAGCAGGUGCAACAGAGAUGGGAGAAGAAACGGAAGAGCAGAAAAUGGCUAGAUUGAAAGGUUAUAAGAAUGCCAAAGCUGAAGAUAUCAGAAGGAGAAAGUUGUUGCAGGAGAGAUUGGCCAGGGAGAAGUUGGAAAAGGAGGAAAAGAGCAAGUUGAGUGAGGUUAGGGAAAGUGAGGAGCAGAGCCAAACCACGUAG